CUCUCUGGAAUCCAGAUUACUCCUUCACCUGCACCGCGCCUGAUCUGCCGUCGAUUUCCCAUCGUGUAGCCGGGUUUGCAGGACAAGGCGCCACCGGCCAAACACUGUCUGGCUUCAUAUAAGGUCACUGGCUCUCUGUCUGUCUCCGUGUCACAAUUGCUCACUCCCCUUGUCCUCAACCACUCCACGAGCUGGAUCGUUGACGCCUGACGCUGUCCCCGUCCACGCAAGCCAGCCUCCACCGGCGCCGGCGACCCCCGCGGCGGCAUGGACAGGCUCGGCGCGAACCCGGCCAACUCGUGCCCGCUCACGCCGCUGGGCUUCCUGGAGCGCUCGGCCACCGUGUUCGGCGACUGCCCCUCCGUCGUCUACCACGACACCGUCUUCACCUGGUCCCAGACGCACCGGCGAUGCCUCCGCCUCGCCUCCGCGCUCGUCUCCCUCGGCAUCUCCCGCGGCGACAUCGUGUCCGUGCUGUUGCCCAACGUGCCGGCCAUGUACGAGAUGCACUUCGGCGUGCCCAUGAGCGGCGCCGUGCUCAACACCAUCAACACGCGCCUCGACGCGCGCACGGUCGCCGUCCUGCUCCGCCACUCCGGCUCCAAGCUCGUCUUCGUCGACCCGGCGUCGUUGCAGCUCAUCCGCGACGCGCUAAAGCUACUCCCGCCUGGGCACCCGGCGCCGCGCGUCAUCCCCGUCGAGGACCCCCACGAGGAGGAGUUCCCCGCCGCCCCGCCCGGGACCUUGACGUACGAGAGGCUUCUCGAGAAGGGCGACCCGGAGUUCGCGUGGAUAAGGCCGGCCAGCGAAUGGGACCCGAUGAUACUGAACUACACCUCCGGCACGACGUCGGCGCCCAAGGGCGUGGUGCACUGCCACCGCGGCAUCUUCUUGGUCACCAUUGACUCGCUCGUGGAGUGGGCUGUGCCGCCGCAGCCGACGUACCUGUGGACGCUGCCCAUGUUCCACGCCAACGGAUGGAGCCUCCCGUGGGGGAUGGCUGCCGUGGGCGGCACCAACGUGUGCCUCCGCCGCGUCGACGCCGCCGAGGUGUACGCCACCAUCGCGCGCCGCGGGGUGAACCACCUCUGCGGCGCGCCCGUCGUGCUCAACAUGCUGGCCAACGCCCCCGAGGGGGUGCGGCGGCCGCUCCCAGGGAAAGUGCGCAUCCUAACCGCCGGCGCGCCGCCGCCGGCCGCCGUGCUGCACCGCACGGAGUCCAUCGGCUUCGAGGUCACCCACGGGUACGGGCUAACCGAGACCGCGGGUCUAGUCGUGCGCUGCGCGUGGAAGGGGGAGUGGAACAAGCUCCCGGCGUCGGAGCGCGCCCGGCUCAAGGCGAGGCAGGGCGUGCGCACGCCGGGCAUGGCCGAGGUGGACAUCAUCGACGGCGAGACCGGGAGCAGCGUUCCCCGCGACGGGUCCACGAUGGGCGAGAUCGUGCUCCGCGGCGGGUGCAUCAUGCUGGGCUACCUGAACGACGACAAGGCGACCAAGGCGGCGAUCCGGGAGAACGGGUGGUUCUACACGGGGGACGUGGGCGUGAUGCAUCCGGACGGGUACAUGGAGAUCCGCGACCGGUCCAAGGACGUGAUUAUCAGCGGCGGCGAGAACAUCAGCAGCGUGGAGGUGGAGUCCGUGCUGUACAACCACCCGGCGGUGAACGAGGCGGCGGUGGUGGCGCGGCCGGACGAGUUCUGGGGCGAGACGCCGUGCGCGUUCCUGAGCCUCAAGGAGGGAUCGGCGGGCGCGGUGACCGCGGCCAGCGUCGUCGCGUGGUGCCGGGAGCGCAUGCCGCGCUACAUGGUGCCCAAGACGGUGGUGUUCCGCGACGAGCUGCCCAAGACAUCCACCGGGAAGAUCCAGAAGUACGUGCUCCGGAACCUUGCCAAGGAGAUGGGACCAGCACGCAAGGGCCCCAGCAGGAUGUAGCGAGUGCCUAGAGCUGUCGUCGUCUUGCUUGGCAUGGACAUGUGCGAUGCAGUGCAGCAUGGGCUUGACAUGUAGAGUAGUAUCUUCUUGAGAUCAGCAAGCCCUCUCGCCGACCUUUGUCUCCUUUGAUCUUGUGGUGACUGUGGAUCACAAGGUGAAUGGAUAUGAUGGAUGCCAUAGACACGUUUGCUUUGCAUGCCAUGGCUGGAUAAAAGAAAGAUUGAAAUCAAGGUGAAAGAUUGGGAGAUUGCGACAAUA